AUGUCUGCUAAAGCCGAAAAGAAGCCAGCCUCCAAAGCCCCAGCUGAGAAAAAGCCAGCUGCCAAGAAGACCUCUACUUCCACUGACGGUAAAAAGAGAAGUAAGGCCAGAAAGGAAACAUACUCUUCCUACAUUUACAAAGUUUUGAAGCAAACUCACCCAGACACUGGUAUCUCCCAAAAAUCUAUGUCUAUUUUGAACUCUUUUGUUAACGAUAUCUUUGAAAGAAUUGCUACUGAGGCUUCUAAAUUAGCUGCUUACAACAAGAAGUCUACUAUUUCUGCCAGAGAAAUUCAAACUGCUGUUAGAUUGAUCUUACCGGGUGAAUUGGCCAAGCAUGCUGUCUCUGAAGGUACAAGAGCUGUUACUAAGUACUCUUCCUCUACUCAAGCAUAA